UCCCUCCCUUCCUCUCUCCUCCUCACCGCUCGACGCGCACAGGCACAACAGAUGGUACAUUACUACAGGCUGCGGGAGCGCAAGAAUCUGAUGCACAAGUACUUUUAUUUUUCUAAACUUCACAGGAACGUUUAGUAUAAUACGAGUAGGGGUGGGUUUCUCCGAGGACAAACUCGACUUUGACCGUCAGUGGAUCCUACGUUUAGAGGUGGAAUUUGGUGUCAAGGUCAGGAGUGGCCAUGCCAUUUGGCUGUUUGACAAUCGGGGAAAAGAAGGAUUAUAACAAUCCUUCAGACGUGACAGAUAAAUAUGACAUGGGCCAGCUUGUUAAAUCGGAGGAGUUCUGUGAGAUAUUCAGGGCCAAGGACAAAACCACAAUGAAAAUGUACACAUGUAAAAAGUUCCUGAAAAAGGAUGGAAGGAAAGUCCGCAAGGCUGCGAAAAAUGAGAUCCUCAUCUUGAAGAUGGUGAAGCAUCCCAAUAUUCUCCAGCUGGUGGACGUCUUCGAGACCAAAAAAGAGUACUUCCUCUUCCUUGAACUUGCAACAGGCAGAGAGGUAUUUGACUGGAUCCUGGACCAAGGUUACUACUCAGAGCGAGACACCAGCAAUGUGGUUCGCCAGGUGUUGGAGGCUGUCGCCUACCUGCACUCCCUGCGUAUUGUUCACAGAAACCUCAAGUUGGAGAACUUGGUCUAUUACAACCGCCUGAAGCACUCUAAAAUAGUCAUCAGCGAUUUCCAUCUUGCCAAGCUUGAGAACGGACUAAUCAAGGACCCCUGUGGGACACCAGAGUACCUGGCCCCAGAGGUGGUUGGCAGACAGCGAUAUGGCAGGCCUGUGGACUGCUGGGCAACAGGUGUCAUCAUGUACAUACUGCUGUCAGGCAACCCUCCCUUCUACGAUGAAACCGAUGACGAUGAUUAUGAAAACCACGACAAGAACCUGUUCCGAAAGAUCCUGGCAGGCGAUUAUGAGUUUGACUCUCCAUACUGGGAUGACAUCUCUGAUUCAGCUAAGAGCCUGGUUGCUCGUCUGAUGGAGGUGGAUCAAGACCAGAGACUGACAGCCCAGGAGGCUAUAAACCAUGAAUGGAUCUCUGGCGGUGCAGCUUCGGAUAAGAACAUCAAGGAAAAUGUGUGUGCACAAAUAGAGAAGAACUUUGCCAGAGCUAAAUGGAAGAAAGCUGUGCGGGUCACCACCAUCAUGAAGAGACUGAGGGCACCUGAGCAGAGUGACUCGAGGGCAACCAGUCCUGCAGCAGCUGCCCCAACAGACACCGCAGCUCAGCAGCCUGCCACCGACCCCUCCGCAACUUUAUCUGCUGCGACACCUGAGGGAGCGCCCGCUGCCGUCACAGAGCUCCCUGCCAGAGUGGAGAUGAACCAGCCGGCACCCGAGGCUGGAGCUGGAGUGGCAGCCUCAGCUGCAGAGCCACAGCAGCCCAGCCUGGCGCCACAGGACGCCGAGCCCACAUCGCGUUGUAACGGAGAAGCUUCGACCGCUCUCCAUGCACCCACCGAGGGUGGGGAUGAGCAGGGUUAGAUGCCCCUUCCUCUCCUGUGUGACCUCUGCAGUCCCCACCAACUCCUGCACACUGUACAUUAGCUGCUAGCAUGGUGACACUGACUCUGCUUCUUUCUCACUUGCAGCAUUAGUAUCAUCUCAUGGAGGCUGUGUGCUACCUUUCCUGAGUGCUGCCUUGCUUUGGCUUUCUUUUACCAUGUUUUGUGUCUUUUUUUCACUGACCCUCCAGUGUUUCAUGUCAGAUUAUAUAAACCACGUCUAUCUCCGCAAACUUGAGGUUUUUGGGGCAAAAACAGAUUUGCUGUCAAACUGUGGCUUACAGCUAAAGUCUUAUUUCUGAUUCUUCUCUUAGUGAUGAGAGAAUAUAGGAAGACAUAAUUGCGUUGAAAAUGGCUGUGAUUUCUUUUUGAUGAGCCAAUCUGGGAAAGUUUUCUCUGCCAGUCUUACAAGUGAAGUACUUCUUCUUAAAAUCAGGAGAAAAGUUUUGCUUCUGAAAUUUUGACCUUGUACCAUAAUAAUCAAGUGCUGGUUCUCACAAAUGGAAAAGGUAAUAUGGUUGUCUUUCUCAUCUGUUAUUGUCUACACUAACCGAUUAUUGUGCGUUAAACAAUGCUGGUGACUGGGAGUUAUUGUGCCCAGUGAUGUAUUUUGAACUAGGCAGCUUCACACAUAAGCACACGCACAAACACAAUGUUCCUUUGCUAACUUCCUGCUCAGGAAAGAACCUCAUAGCUGUAAGUGUAAACAUUCUGUAUAUAGAGACCUUUGUAGAAGUAGCCAAAACAGCAUGCGUUCUCACUUUUAUUCAUUUUACAUUUACAGCCACUUGGUGGAUAAAAACGUGCUACUGCCAACCUCGUCACUGGCCCCUGUACCCUCGCCUCCUGCCACAAGCCAUGUUAAGGCUAAUCUUCUUUUGAAAAGCACACUAUACAUUACUCUGUCUAUUGCUAUUGUUCAUUUAGCGCCCCAAGCUGUCAAUGUAAGCUAUAUGAAAAAAUGUCUUUAAAAAAAGUCAUUACAUCGCAGUUCUAUGCAUCCAAAUUAAUUUGUAGCUUUUCUUUUUUAGAAACGUCACUUCAUGGCAUCUUUAUCCAUCACGUUUUUUUUUUUUUUUUUGCUAGGUCUUAGUCUACUUGUAUCUACCUUGGUUCAGUCAUGUCCUCUGUGUUAGGAUAUUGACUAAAAUGCCAUACAUGUCUUAAUAAAUGGUUGUAACUGUAAAACAAAAUGUGCAUUAAUUGACCACAUGCGGCUGUUAAGGGAAGACAUGCAUCAUCAUUGUGACUUCGUGGUAAUGAGGGUCAUCUUCAUCAAUACAGCUUUGCUGACUUGUAUUGAACUGAUAAAAUGUAUGGAGCACAUGUUUGACAUUUCUGAACUUAUUGUUUAUUUAUUUGUUUUUUUUUAUUAUUUCCCUCUUUGCCUUGUUUUUUACUUUUUUGUUUUUCCAACUUUUUCAGUUGUUUUUCAGCUUAUACUUGACAAACAGUAAUAACAAUCUAUCCUUUCCUGUCACUGGUCCCCUCGAGCAUUAAUACUGGGCUACAGAUGGAGUUCUCUGUAAUCACUCUAGAGGAAAUUGAGCAAUAUUCGACUGGCUGCAGAAACUGUGAUUUCUGGUGUCCUUUUCGAUACAGUCCAUGUACUUGUAAGUAGAAGUCUAUAGUCCUCGCCACCUGUCAGGCCCAUCAGGGCCACUAACACAAGGCUGCUGUCAGAUAAGUGUGUGUGUGUGUGUGUGUGUGUGUGUGGAGGAUGGUGAAUAAGACCAUAUUUGCUCCUCUGGCCUGUGAGUGUCCACAUGAUACUGGACAAUGGGCUCUCAUACCCUGGUCACAUAAAGACAGCAGCCACUGUCAAUCUGAUUAUUAGAUGAUAUAAUUAAAGUAUAAUAUGUUAUGACUCGUGCACCACUUUGUCUGACUCUACCCAGUCUGUUGUCAAAAGUAUUUACUGUGAACACCUGUGAAUUUAUAUGAAAAUGUCCAUUUCAGAUAAAAAGGGGCUCUGGAUAAAACUUAAAUUUAUUAACCGUAGAAUCUCAAGUUUAACUUUGUUGCUACAGUCUUUUAUUUAUACAUGUAUCUCCUUUACUUGUGCUACAGUAGAUUGGUAGACACACCAAUGAUUCAGAUUAUACAACUAUAUUAUUUCUUACAUUGUUAAAGAUAAAUAUUUAGAUUUUAAUGAGAGGCUUAAACAGACGAAUAUCAGAGAUUUUUUUAUGUGAAUAGAUUAUUUUAUGUGGUCCGUUCUCUUUGUUUAGAUGGCAAAUAAACACUGUUUAAAUACUGUUCCACAGUUUAAAGCAAUGCUUUUUUCCAAUACAUUUCUCAUUGUAUUUAAUAUUCAUGUCUGUUCAUUUUGCCAUGCACUUACAGGUGUAUUUGUAGAUGUGAUGUUUGCCAGGACCAGCAGUCACCUGCAGGUCCUGGCUUGCAUUUGUGAGCUCUGUACUGUACUUCUUGACUGAGUUGAUAACUUUG